CGUGGUUCAGGUCUAAACUCCCGCCCGGAACAGUCGUUUGUCAACACGGUUGGAGCUCCAUAGACCGGUGUUUGUCUGUGUCAUUGUGCCCUUAUUGUAUUCUCUCGGCAGAAUGGCAGAAAACACAGACGUCGACGCAGACAGUGACGACGUUUUUGCCAACGAAGAGGAGCUGGAGAAGGCUUUGUGCGUGCUUGCUGGAAGCGACCCAGACAACUGCUCUUAUUCCCGGGGCUAUGUGAAGAGACAGGCUGUGUUUGCCUGUAACACCUGCACUCCCAGUGCUGCAGAGCCUGCAGGAGUCUGUCUGGCCUGUACCAACAAAUGCCACGAUGGACACGAUAUCGUUGAACUGUACACAAAAAGAAAUUUUCGUUGCGAUUGUGGAAAUAGCAAAUUUGGAGAAUUCCGGUGUCAACUAAUUCCUACCAAAGAUGUGCAAAACGUAAGAAAUCAUUACAACCACAACUUCAAUGACCGGUACUGCACAUGUGACCGGCCCUAUCCAGACACAGACGAUCAGGAAAACGACGAGAUGAUUCAGUGUGUCGUAUGUGAGGACUGGUUUCAUACCAGGCACCUGGGCUGCACUGUAGUGGACCCGGAGGAGCUGCAGGAGAUGGUGUGUGAGGCCUGCAUGAACAAGGCUCCUUUCUUGUGGACGUAUGCUGCUCACUUUGCAGCUCUUCCUGUAGUCACUAUCGAUCAUCCUAAGGAGGAGGUGGAAGUCGAUGUCGAGGGAGGAGAAGAAAAGGAGGAAGAGAUUGUGUCCAGACAAAGUGUGGAGGAAGAGCCGUCCACUAGUGCUCGGCACACACAGCAGGAGGAUGCCUCAAAUAGGAUGUCCCCUUGCAAACGGACCCAUGAGGAGAUGACAAACAACCCUGCUACGACCCAGACGGUAACCUGCAAGCUGAAGGAGCUGCAGGGCCAGGGGCUGGAACGGGCGAAACAGGGAGGGGUGUUCUGGCCUUAUAGUUGGCGCUCAAAACUCUGCACCUGCACAGACUGCAAGAGGGCCUAUGUGGCUGCAGAUGUGCCGUUUCUGAUGGAUCAGUCUGAUACCAUUCUGGCCUACGAGAACAGGGGCCUGGAAAAGCCAUUUGGGCAGCACCCGUUGAUGGCACUGACAAACUGGAUGAACCGUUCGCAGCAGCUAGAGGUCAUUUACGGUUUCAACGAAUUGACAACUUCGAUCACGGCAUUUUUAGACCAGUGUGUUGCUGAAGGGAAGACAGUCACAGUGGAAGCUGUGCAGGAGUUCUUUGAGGAGCUGCGUGCUAGAAAAAGACGCAGAACCAAUACAGGAUACCAGUAACAAGUGGUCUUGAAAGGUGACCCUUUUAGUAGCUGAAUAAAAAUGGUUUCCUUUUGCAAACAAUGUGAUUCUAAUGCUUGAAAAGUUGAUACAACUACUACUGACCUGCAGUUAUUGUUGUGGAGCGUUACUUCUAGGAUGGAGGACUGUGACCACAUGAUUACAAUGAGGCCUUCACUUUAAAGCUUAUAGUUUUAAAGGUGUUACUUGAAACAUAAAUGGAAAAAAUAAUUCUGGGUGCAGCACUUUAUUCUUUGACAAAUGUUAUUGCCUUGCUAUGAUGUGAUGCAUGUGGUUCUCUUAAACAUGAUCAUUCUUUGUAAACAUGUCCAGUGUGUCUUUUUGACUGAGCUACACAUUGAUGUUUCAUUGUUCAGAGGUUUUUGUGGCAAUGGCUGGUUUAGAAAUGUGUUUGUAAAAAUGAUGUGAAGAAAUGUCAGUUUUUAUGUGGAUUCAAAUGUCAAAAUAAAGAUCUCAUUUUUCUAGUGCAGAAAAACAAA